AUGGGGCCGGUUGAAAAGCCAGAAGGGCCAGAGCGGUUCAGCGUCGAUGCUGGGGAUGCCAUGGCACCCAAAUUUCACAUUAAACUUCGCGCAAAGCUUGGAAUGGUGCAACGAAAUUGCAUCCACGAUAACUUUGAUGAGUCAACCAUGGAAGCAACCGCAAUCUCGGCCUCGCCAUUGGCUGAUCAAGCGCCUGUCAGGUUUCAGUUCACCCCUCUCAGCCUUCAAUCAAACCCACCACAUCCCCACAUCGGCCUUCUAAUAGAGCCUUGUGCUCAACAUAUAUGCGUCUGGCCUGGUUUAAACUGCAUGACGGACCCUAGGCACGCGGUUGGCGUUGAGCCACCCGCUCGGGAUGCGGAUUGCGCCACCUCGCGCUCAUCCUCACAGAUCUCCCAGAACGCGAAACUGGCAACUGAUAAAGAGCAACGGAUGACGCUUCUACAGGGCCUCAAGCUCUACCCGAAAGCAGCUGCAUGGAGUGUGCUUAUCUCAACUUGCAUUGUUAUGGAAGGCUAUGAUGUUUGUUUGGUAAACAACUUCUACGCGUUCCCCCAGUGGAAUCAGAAAUAUGGUGUCCAGUUGGAAAACGGCAACUAUCAGGUCCCUGCUACGUGGCAAGCAGCCCUUAGUAAUGGUGCAGUCGUUGGCGAAAUCAUCGGUCUAUUUAUCAACGGCUGGGCCUCCGAACGUUUUGGAUAUCGAUACACGAUUGUAACUUGCCUACUUUUCCUUGCCGGGUUUAUUACGAUAUUCUUCACUGCAGCUCGUGUGGAGGCUCUGUUAGUAGGUGAGAUCCUGUGCGGUAUCCCGUGGGGCGUUUUCCAGACCUUAUGCGUCAGUUACGCUACCGAAGUCUGUCCUGUUGCCCUACGGAGCUAUCUUACGACCUAUGUCAAUUUCUGCUGGGGUCUUGGCCAACUCCUUGGAAUUGGAGUACUCCAGGCCAUGCUAAGUCGACCUGAUGAAUGGUCGUACCGAAUACCGUACGCAUUGCAAUGGAUUUGGCCUGUCCCUCUUGCCCUCGUGAUUUUAAUGGCGCCAGAAUCCCCGUGGUGGCUAGUGAGAAAAGGCAAGACGGAGGAAGCGAAACGCGCCCUCCUUCGUCUGACGAGUUUGAAUCGAGAGACUGGCUUUGACGCGGACGAGACGAUUGCCAUGAUUGUCCAUACCACAGCGUUAGAACAGAAAAUUACCAGUGGUGCCAGCUAUCUUGACUGUUUCAAGGGAGUCGACUUGCGCCGGACGGAAAUUGUUUGUAUGAUUUGGGCCAUCCAGAAUCUUAGUGGCAACUCGUUUUCCAACUACUCGACAUACUUCCUCGAACAGGCUGGUGUGUCGACCACUCACGCAUAUACCUUCGCCAUGGGACAAUAUGGAAUUAACAUGGUAGGCGUUUUGGGUGCGUGGUUUCUCAUGUCACGCGGCAUCGGCCGAAGGACCCUUUACAUGCUCGGCCUGAGUGGUCUCUGCAUUAUUCUCUUCAUAAUGGGUUUCCUUGGUUUCGUCCCUGAGGGCAACCGCGACCAAAGCUCACUUGCCACCGGGUCUAUGAUGCUCAUUUGGGCCCUGAUCUACCAAGUCUCCGUCGGCACGGUCUGCUACUCUCUGGUGAGCGAGCUCUCGAGCCGGCGUCUACAAAUCAAGACCGUCGUAUUGGGAAGGAUUUUUUACAAUAUAGCGGCUAUCAUCUGUAACGUGUUGACCCCAUACAUGUUGAACCCUAGCGCGUGGAAUUGGGGUAACUUUGCGGGUUUUUUCUGGGGUGGUUCGUGCUUUUGUUGCAUCGUUUACACCUAUUUCCGUGUUCCUGAACCGCGCGGUCGGUCCUUUGCGGAAUUGGAUAUCCUCUUCGAGCGUGGCGUUAGUGCAAGGAAUUUCUCUGAAACUGUGGUAGAUGUCUUUGGAGAGAAGGAACAAACUGAAGUUCUCAAUGACUCUAGGAAAGGCCCAGUGGCACAUUUUAUUGAGCCACGAGACGAGAAGCGGACGCUGUUCUGAUCAAGCAAGAUACUCUCAUGUGGUGUAUAUAUAGGAAGUACUGAGAGGAUUAAAUUGAAUUUUCUAUUGUCCUUG